CGCGCCCGCCGCCGAGCUCCUCCCGCGACGCCAUGGAGACCCCCGCCGCCCCUGCGCCGCCCGCCGCCGAGAGCCCCUCGUCCGCCCGCGACGGCGCCCAGCGGCCCGGGACCCCCGGCUGGCGCGAACGCCUGCGGCCUCUGCGGGGCGCGCUGCCGCCCGACGUGGGGCGCGAGACGGCGGAGCUGGCGGCGCUCGCGGGCCCAGUGUUCCUCGCGCAGCUGCUGACCUUUCUCAUCAGCCUCGUCAGCUCCGUAUUCUGCGGACACCUGGGCAAGGUCGAGCUGGAUGCGGUUACGCUUGCUGUCUCGGUUGUGAAUGUCGCCGGGAUUUCCGUUGGAACCGGCUUGGCCUCCGCUUGUGACACUCUCAUGUCUCAGUCCUUCGGAGCCAAGAACCUAGAACGUGUGGGGCUCGUCCUUCAGAGAGCCAUCCUCAUCCCGAUGCUGUGCUGCUUCCCGCGCUGGGCCCUCUUCCUCAACACCGAGCGCCUCCUCCUGCUGCUGAAGCAAGACCCCGGCGUCUCCAGGAUAGCCCAGAUCUAUGUGAUGAUUUUAAUCCCUUCUUUUCUGGCCACAUUCCUGUUACAGCUGCAGGCAAAAUAUUUACAAAGUCAGGGCAUCAUCACGCCUCCAGUGGUUACCGGCAUCGCAGCGAACGUCCCCAACGUGGGCACGAGUGCCCUCCUGCUGUACGCCCUGCCCUUCGGAGUCGCAGGAUCUGCCUGGGCGAACACCACUUCCCAGUUCUGCCUGUCUGCUCUUCUCUUCCUGUACAUGUGGUGGAAAAAAAUCCACGUCAACACCUGGGGAGGUUGGACCAGGGACUGUUUCCAGGAGUGGGGCUCCUUCAUCCAGCUGGCCAUCCCCAGCAUGUUCAUGGUGUGCAUUGAGUGGUGGACCUUUUUUUUUUUUUUUAAUUAAUUAAUUAAUUUAUUUAUUUAUGGCUGUGUUGGCGUGACAGAGCUUGGAGCCCAGGCCGUCGUUUAUGUACUGGCUUCUGCGGCCUACAUGGUGCCUCUAGGCCUUGGCGUGGCAGCCAGCAUCCGGGUGGGCGGUGCCCUGGGGGCAGGGGAUGCCCAGCAGGCACGACACUCCUGUGCCACCGUCCUCCUGUGUGCAGGUGUUUGCGCACUUGUAAUGGGUAUCUUACUUGCCGCUUUAAAGGACAUGGUUGCCUAUGCAUUUACCAGUGGCAAAGAUGUCAUGUCCCUUGGGAGCCAAGUGAUGCCCAUUUCUGCUCCCUUUCAUCUGUUUGAUGCACUUGCGGGCACCUCUGGUGGAGUCCUGAGAGGUGCAGAACAAAAGAUGGGUGCCUUCCUGAAUGCCAUUGGUUAUUACGUUUUUGGUUUUCCCCUUGGAGCAUCUCUGAUGUUUGCUGCUAAUCAUGGGAUAAUAGGUCUCUGGUUCGGAUUGAUGGUCUGUGUCUUCUUUCAAGCCCUCUUCUACUUGGUGUACACCUGGAGGAUAAACUGGAACAGAGUGGCAGAGCAGGCACAGGUUCGAGCCGGGCUGAGCGGGACGAAAGAGGCCGUGCCCACUGCAAUAGGUAAGGGAGUUUACGGGGGACGUUCUCCAAUGUCCUUUAUUUCUGGUUCUCACGCCUGGAACUCGGUGCAUGAGCUCCUGCUCCCUUGCGCAGUAGCUUGUCUCUGCCUUUCUCAUUGGGAGGCCAACUCUGCGUUCCCCUCUGGAACGUGCUUAAUAACCCCACAUGUAACAAACCAUUUACAACGUAGGCUCGUGUCACCUUCAGGAAUACCCUUUACUCAGACUAGCACGUAAGGAAAUACCUCACUGUUCUCUGCAAACAGAUCUGUCCAUCCUAGAGAAAGAGGUAGCCGAUGGGGUGAUUCUACCUGAUGUCAUCCGACCUGAGAGCCAGGCCAUGCAGCUGGUGGAGGAGAACAGCUCGUGUGGGGUGGCCACCAUCGGGGAGGUCUUGACGGGGACCCAGCUGAUUUUGUAUCACGGGGCGGCUGUAGUUUUAGCUUUCGCUGUCCUGGUAGCAGGAAUUGUAAUAAGAGUUUUCACUGACUGUGGCUGAAACGGAAUCACCGGGACAGUGGUUACGCUCUCAACUAAAUGUGGAAAGGAUACCACUUAGUUGAGAUGUGUGCUUAGUUAUUCUGAGAGUUUGCACGAUCUUACUGCUUACUGAAGAUCAAGAAAAGAGUUAUAAUUUUAAGUGAACUUUUCUCCCAAACAUUAACUCUGUCAUGGUUUUUAAAUCUGCAAAUCUGGUUUUCCCGGUUGUAAGUGUUCUUUAUGCUGUCGUAUAUUUAAUAUCUUUCGUCUUCCAGGAAAGCAGGUCCUCGAACAUUAACCGCUGGUCACGCUGUCUUUGUGUUUCUCUGUUACGUGUUCAGUCUUGUCCGUGAGUUUGUACGAAGUGCUGUCUAGUCCGGUCCCAGGUAGUGCCGUGUGA